GAGCAGAGGGGGGAAGAGAGAGAGGAGGAAAAAAAGCACACACAACUCAAAGUCUAAAUCCAGCAAAACCAGCACAUGGUGCUGCAUACCCUGUGGCAAUAAGUACAAGUUAAGACUGUGCCUGGAAUGUGGGAACAAAGGCAAAAAGUGAAUGGUUUACAUCACUCUGCAAGAGUUUGCAAGCACUAGCAGAGAGUGCACAGCAUGAGCAAAGAGGACAACAGCACCAUUAGCUCAGAGGAUUCUUCAUAGGAGCAAUGGAGACCACUGCAGCAGAUGAUUGGACUGUCAACCUGGAAGCAAAUGGGACAUUACUUUUGAGUUGUACACUGAUACACAAGCCAGUGUCUUGCCAGAAACACUGUUAGUCACUGGAAGAUAAAGCUACAGUAGCAGGUAACCUCAGGGCUUCCAGCGGUGUGCUGAUUCCCACUACGUGUGUACGUGAAUUAAAUGUACAGCUCCCCUGCCCCUCAUGGCUCGCCGGUCCCAGAGCUCCUCACAGGGGGACAACCCCCUGGACCCUAACUACCUGCCACCCCAUUACAAGGAGUAUUACCGGCUGGCUCUGGAUGUGCUAGCUGAGGAGGGGCAAGAGAGUUAUCAUCGUUUUCUGGAUGAAGAAGGAGCCCCUGACUUUCUCUGCAGCACAGAGGUAGAGCACAUCACUCAGCAUCUCCAGAAGCCCCAGUAUGCCAACCAGGAGAGCAGCUGCAUGGAUGCCAUGCAUGGCAGUGACAUAGAUGGAUCCUCUGGGACUUAUUGGCCUAUGAAUUCUGACCUUGCUGUCCCUGAGCUUGAUCUGGGCUGGCCAAUGGUCUUUGGAUUCAAGGGUACUGAGGUAACAACUCUGGUGCAGCCACCACCCCCAGACAAUCCCAGCAUCAAGGAAGAAGCCCGUAGGAUGAUCCGAGCUGCACAACAGGUGGUAGCUAUAGUGAUGGAUGUUUUCACAGAUGUGGAUCUGCUGAGUGAGGUGCUGGAUGCUGCUGCCCGCAGGGUCCCUGUGUAUAUCCUCCUGGAUGAAAUGAACUCCCAGCUCUUCCUAGACACAGCUGCUAAGUGCAAAGUCAACCUCAACUAUGUGGAGUUCCUGAGGGUUCGGACAGUUGCUGGCCCCACCUAUUACUGCCGCACAGGGAUGUCCUUCAAAGGGCAUGUGAAAGAGAAGUUCCUGUUGGUGGACUGCAUGGUGGUGCUGAGUGGCAACUACAGUUUUAUGUGGUCCUUUGAGAAGAUUCAUCGAAGCAUCGCUCACAUCUUCCAAGGGGAGCUGGUGUCCAGUUUUGAUGAAGAAUUCCGAAUUCUCUUUGCACAGUCAGACCCUCUCAUUCCUCCAGCCAAUGUCUUGGUGAAGGCAGAGAAUCCAUUUACCAUGGCCCCCUUUGGCAACAAUAUGCCCUUCUUUCCAAAUAAACCACACCUGCUGUUCCAGAGGGAUGACAAUGUCUUUCCACCCUUCGUGGACAGAGUUGAUCCAGACAGAUACUUCUUGUCAGCCUUCAGACGGGACGAACUGAUGCGCCAUACUAUGGAGGGGUCAGCAAUGCGCAUGUAUUCUAAGAAGGCAGAAAUGGAGAAUUGUCAGAUAGAUCCUGUCAGAGGUUUAUUCCGCUCGAAGCAGUUAGAGCUGGAUUCCUUUAAGAGACACAGCUUUGCUGAAGGAACCUUUGAAAACUUUUCUUCUUCAAAGCAGUGUUCUAGGCAGAUGUUCAUGAAUAAUCUGGAUGACUUUAAAAUGCAGUCCAGUCACUUUCAAAAGGACCAGUUCUAUCAAUAUCAAUUUGAACAUCCCCAUGCUUCCAGCAGGCCUCAGGGGUUCUUUGAGCGAAUCCGAGGUGGUAGGCCAGGAUUCAAUGAACUGGAGGACUAUGCACAGGGCCCCAGAUAUCCUGAACUUGAAUCCCACUUCCCACAGGAGGGUUUCCCCUUAAGGCUAGAUUAUGAGCCUUCAAAUUCUUCUAGGGAAGUGAGGCAUGGUUCUGACCAGGUGAACCCUGCAGGGAAUGGCCCACUAGGGCUGAUGUCACUAAGGAGGCAAAACAUAGGGCAGAAAUUCAUGUGCCAGACAUCCCCCACACAGAAGCAAAGCCUGGAACAACGACUGUUUUUACAAGACCAGGACCCAGAUCAGGACAAGAAGACCCAGGAAAAUAGAACAGGUUUGCGUAACUGGAGGAUUUCUUCAUACCUGAGUGCAUACCAGUCUGAACCAGGAGACGAAGGCAUCCCAAUGCCCAUGGAAUCAGAGUCAUAUAAUGAUGUUUUGAGCCUUGGAGAGCCCCUCACAAAGUACCCCAGUGACCUGAUCCCAUCUUUCAAGUCUCCUAUGUCAUUUAAUAAUAAAUCAUUGGGAAUUGAAAGCGCCAAAGAAUCAACAGGUACUGAGAGAGCAGGCGAGGAGACCUCCCUUGUGAAACAGGAUUCCUUUAGGUCCAGGAUAAAUCCUUUGAUCCAGAGGAGCUCAAGGCUCAGGUCUUCUUUGAUUUUUAAUGCUGCUAAUUUAGAUCAGCAGAAUAUUACAAUGGAGAAGGUUCAGAUGAUCCAAAAGGAGCAAAUGUCCAGUGAGAUUAUAAAAGACAAUGAAACUAUAAAGGCAGCCACCUCUUCUAAAGUGGCAGAACUUUUAGAGAAGUACAAAACUGUGGGCAAAGACAUAGGGAGCGCUACAGUUAGUCACACCAAAGCUGUUUCCAGUUUUCUACAGGAAGAAUCUCAGAAUGCAGAGAAAAAAUGUACCAAAUCCGUGCAAUACAAGAUCCUGGAGAGUAGGGUGCUAGACUCAAAAGAAUCCUUCAGUAGUUAUAAGAUGCACAUGGAGUCUGAGAAACAGUUUGGUAUGUCUUCCUCAGCCACCCAGCUCCUUGACACACUGAGUAAAGAUCCUAUAACAAAUAUUAGCAGCAAAAUGGAAAAACUAUCUUCUCGGUUCUAUUCCACAGACAGCAAUCCUGCUCUUCCAACGAAGGAGAACCUGGUAUUGGUAGGAGACACUCAGAAGCUUGCUCUGCCAGAGAAGAGGGAGAAACUGACAUUCAAAAGAGACACACAGGAACUAGCUGACACAGAAUUCAAGAAACCGCAGGCUAGGGUAAGCACCACAUCGAUUCCUGAAAGUUUAUCCAAGAACCAAGGGUCUGACAGCUCUCUCCAUAAAUCCGAGGAAGAGGGUGCCAAACAGGAACAGAGUCCAUUGGAAUUUUUUAGGAAAGGGUCGCUAAGGUUGAAACAGUUGCUGAAUCCAAAGGGUGAUAAGAAAUCAGAGGAAGAAACCAAUCUUGAGAGUGGAAAGUUUGACAAGCAGACCAUGAGCCUUAAACGAUCUUCCAAGGGGGAUUAUCAGGAAGUGAUGGAGGAAGAGAAAUCCCAAAGGAUCACAACAGCACCUGCUCUCAAAAGCAACCAGCCAUCUCAGACCAGGUUUGCUUCUUCCACGGCAAACAUCCUAUACAGCAGUAACCUCCGUGAUGAUACAAAAGUGAUUCUGGAGCAAAUUUCUGCCAACAGUCAGAAGAACAGAGCUGAGCUGGCCAAGCAAUUACCAUCCACAAGUAAUCCUGAUCUUACCAAGUCUACCAGCAGCUUGGAAUAUAAAGGUGAGAAGGAGAAAACCUGCAACAUUAGCAGGUCAGAAAGUUUUGGGAGCCAUAAGAAGAAUCUUCAGAGGCAACCAUCAGAGGAUAGAGAGACCCUUCUGAAAAAGAUGGAGAAUAUGCGAAAGGAGAAGCGGGUGUAUAGUAGGUUUGAGGUCUUCUGCAAGAAGGAUGAACAACCAAUUCAGAAUGAUGAGGAAUAUGACCCAGAUGCCAAAGACAAGAAAAUGGGGAAAUUCAUGCCCAAACUCCUGGGGACCUUCAAAACCAAAAAGUGACCUUAGAAAUGCUGCCUAAAUCCCAACUCCAGUGGUGGAAUUACUGUCUGUCAAUGGAGAAAGGGGAGGUUAUGCUUCAGUGAUGGACACUAGUAACAUACUGAAUACUCCUUCAUGUUGUUGAGUGGGCAGUUGUGCAACACUGGCCUCCUACAGCAUGAUUUCCUCAUACAGUUAAAUGGUGAUAGGCAAUUUUACUGCAAUAGGAUCCAAAUUAUAAAAAAAAUUAAAUCAACAGAUUGUUUAAAACAAAAAUAAAGUGGAGUCUAUUUAUCAUCUGCACAGGGAAGCUCCUCAGCAGACAGAACAAGCUUGCUAUUAUUCGGGGAGGGGUGAAACUAUAAUGCAAAGCUCUGCCCUGAGCCAGGGAAGUCCGUAAUUCUCAUUUACAAGAACUAUGCUGAUUUUUGGAUAUUUCUCAGGUUGUGGUCCAUUUUUUCCUCAUAUGUGGUACCAGGAGGAUCGUUGACAGUUCCCAGGAGCAAGAUCUUGCAGUAAAUUCUUUGCCCUUACCUGUAGUUAUGACCCUGUCCAUUGGCACAUGUCCAGCUUUUAUACUUAGCAUUGUAUAACCUUAUGGGUGUUUUUAAAUAUAGUUAGAAAUAUUAUUGCUUUAAAGGGAGAGGCAUGAGCAGGCAGCUGGAAGGCAGCAGCAGAGGGAAUUUGCAUGCCAUGCUGGGAUAAAGAGAUGUCUCUAGUUUAAAUUAGCCAACCUAGUAGUGCACUGAAUCAAGCCUGUACAAUGCAGCCUUCAUCAAGCAGAAUCUUGAGGGUAUACCGCCAAGAAGAGGUGUUUUCUCUCAGGGAGGGAUUUGUAGCAGAGGAUAAGCCAUUUCAAGUGUUAGCAGGUUCCCUCAUUGUGAUGACAGGAGAGGGAGGAGGGGUUUAGACAAAAGGAGGAAAGAACUGAGCUUUACUGUAACUUAUCCUUUCUUAAAGCUCAGCAACGUUUUUUUCUUACAUAGAUUUCUUUCAGGUUUUUGGUACCAGGCCUGGCCCAGACCAGCCUGUAUGGUUCAUACUGUGGUAUUGGAUUGUCUGGCAGGACAGUGAGUGGAGGGUGGGUGUCAAAGAGAAAGAAGAGGGUUGUACAUAAGGUUUGCUGCCUUGGGUCUGAUGUUCUUCAGCCUGGGACUCUCUCUUAGGCAACACAGCAGCAGUGGCAAUGGGUCUCAAUGCUGGAAAUUAUAUAUGACCUUAUAUUUUUAUCUGUGUGCCCAGAGGUACAAAUAAACACAUUUGGUAAAUUAAACAAUAAAUGCAUAAAAAGUCACAGCAAGCUCAAGUUCUCAGCUAGCAAGGCAGCAUAGGAGAAUAUCUUAUGGGCUGUGGGAUGGGAGAAAUAACUCUUUUGAAAAUAGGCAACAAGACUUUUGAGAAUCAGUUCUGGCCACCUUCCCUUACUCCACAUGACUGCCAGAAACUCAGUUCCCCAUUACAACUGUGGCUCCCUCCCAGCCUCAGAGGUUGGGCGUUUACCUGCCGUCUAGGCCAUUAUGUGACAACUGUAACUGUGGAAAGAGGCCCAUACCUCUUAUUGGAAGUGGCUGCCUUACUCCUUUGGACUGUUUCUAACAAGGGGAGUCAAAAGAUAUAAGGGCUGAGGCCUAACUCAUGCAUGUCAGCUGCUCCUUAGUUCCUGCAACAACAAGCAAGGUGGAAAGUCAAGCAAAAACAAAAA